ACUUAUUGCGCCCCUCUUCUUCGCGUUUCUUCCCCCCACAGUCUCUUUUACUCUCCCCUUCUCCUUCCCCAAGCCAAGCAAAGGCAGCAGAGGCCAAGAAAUGGGCGACCGGGCGUACGGGCCGUCCUCCAAGCCGGUCCCUGUGGCGGCACCGCGGUCCGCCAACGGCACGGCGAACGGCGGCGGUGUAGGGACACCUCGGCCUCCGUCCAUGGUGCCCGGUCGCGUCCCGCCGCCGCCGAUGUACCGACCAAAGCCGAUGCAACCGCCACCGGGCCGUCGGCGGAGCGGGCGCGGGUGGUGCUGCGCGUGUUGCCUGUGGCUGACGCUGGUGUUGGUGGGGCUGGUGUUCCUUGGAGCAAUAGCGUUGGGGGUGUUCUACGUGAUUUACCACCCGGAGCUUCCGACCUUCGCCGUGACGUCGCUCCGUCUGGCGGCGCUGAACGUCUCCGACUCCGACUCCGUCACCUCCCGCAUCGAGUUCACGGUGACCGCGCGCAACCCCAACGAGAAGAUCGCGUUCGUGUACGGCGACAUCGGGGCUGCCUUCGCGGCCGACGGCACGGACAUCGGGGACGGCACCGUGCCGGGCUUCCUCCACCCCAGCCGCAACACGACGGUCAUCAAGGGGUCGGCUUCGGCGGCCGCCGCGACGGUGGACCCGGUGCAGGCGGCCAGUCUCAGAUCCAAGAAGUCCCAUGCGAUGUCAGUGGAGAUGGACUCCAAGGUGGGUUUCCAGAUCGGGCAGUUCAAGUCGAAGCGCAUCAGCGUCCGUGUGCUGUGCGGUGGCUUCAGCGCGGGGCUGGCCAAGCCGGCGCCCUCCCCGGCGCCGAUCAUCGUGGCCGCGGCGCCUGCGCCGACCCGGUCAAAAAUCAGGCUGUCGUCGUCUUCCACCGGAGGCGGCGGGUCGGCGACGACGGACGCAAAGUGUAAGCUCCGCGUCAAGAUCUGGAUUUGGACGUUUUGAUGCAUCUGCGGGUAGGGAGAGGAGGGAUUUUUUUCGGUUUGGUUUAACCUUUUUCACACUGUAUGUGGAUUUAUUGGAGUAUAGUCUAUAUGAUUUUAUCUUCCUCUUGGUUGCUUCUUGCUA